AGGACCAACGAGUGCUUUGUACCACAAUGUAUCGAGAAGAAAACCCAAUUGAUUAAUGAAAACGUUCAAUUGAGUGAGAAGGUCGAAGAGCAAUUGUUACGAAUCAACGAAUUGGAAGGUGACGUUUCGUUGCUGAGAAAAACGAUCGAUUCGUUGGAAGAGGAGAGUAGGAAAGCGUUCGAUGCAAUGGAGCAAAUGUCGAAAGAAGUUGAAGAGAAGACGGCCGAAGUUCAAGCAGCGAAUAUGGCCAUUUGCAGACUUCAGGUCUGCGGUCAACAUUAUUAUUUCCUAUUGCAAUUUUUCUGCUUAUCUUUAAUUUUUCAGUUGAGUCAAAAAAUUUUCAUAGACGAUGAUCGAAUUUCCAAAAAUUAA